AGGAUUGUACAGAACCGGUCUGUGGGGGAAUGCUGUAGAAUAAAGGUAUGUUCUGCUGGCAUUUGGAGUCGAUCCAGCGACACAAUUGUUUGACACCUUUUUGUGUGCUUAUUCAGAAUGAGCCAGCCUCCUUGCAUGCUUCUCUUACUUAAAUCAGAACGACUGUCAGAUUACUUAUGCAUUUUACCCUUGUUGUCAAGGGGAACACAUCUCUAGGUUUACAGUUGUGCUCAGUCAGAUUGUAUCAUGUUUCUACAAGACUUUUACAGGCCCUUAAUAGGUUUUCUUAUUUUGGCUGGUUCUGGGUCUGCCUGCGAAUACUCACAAGGCAUAUGUGGGGCCUGGGCAGAUGGGGAUAUACGGAUAGGAGUGCUCAGUUCCUGCCAUUCUAAAGUACAGAGACUAUAUGUGCGAGAACGUCCCGAAAAAUACAACUGCACAGAAUUAAAUCUAAUUUCACUAGUAAGGACUCUAGCUGUCGUGCAUACUAUUGAAACAAUCAAUAACUCCAGCUUCCUCCCGGGUGUGCGACUGGGCUACUACAUCUGUGAUACUUGCUCCGAUGCAUCAAAGGCCAUUCAGAGCACCGAACAGCUUCUCGCUGUGAAUGGCACACUGUCUGUCCAAUGUGAGGUGCUUGAAAGGCCUAAUGUAAAAGCAAUCAUUGGAGCACGUUUCUCAGAAGACUCUCUGGCAGUGGCUCGGCUUCUGAGUCUAUACAUGGUCCCACAGAUAAGCACAACAUCAUCUGCACAAACACUUAGUGAUAGGGUGCGAUACCCAGCAUUCCUGCGCACAAUUCCCAGUGAUGUUCACCAAACCAAAGCUCUGGUUAAUUUCAUGAAGCACUUUCACUGGGACUGGGUUGGCGUGGUCUAUGGGGAUGAUGACUAUGGGAAAAAUGCCUUACAAAGUUUCUUAGCUGAUUCAGAAGCUGCAGAUAUCUGUCAUGCUUUCCAAGAAGUGUUGCCUCAUUACCUAGCACACAAUGAAAUCGACAAAAGGAUCCAAGAGGUGGCAGAAACAAUCCGCUUAUCCGAAGCUAAAGUUGUGGUCCUUAUCUUGAAGGAAGAGCUGGUCUCUAAACUGUUCAAGGAGAUGAUUCGUCAGAACAUCUCGCGUACAUGGAUCGCAAGUGAUGCUUGGUCAAUGUCACGAAAUAUAUCUCAAAUGGAGGGAAUCAACCAAGUAGGUGACAUUUUUGGGUUCACUUUCAUCACUGGUCCCAAUCCCGGUUUUAAGGAGUUUUUGCAGCAGCUGACUCUUUCUCCAGGCUCUGUAAACCUCUAUCUUGAAGAGUAUAAGCAGUUAGGGAAAGAUAAUGGUUUUCUAACAGAAGCUGUUGACAUCAGCAUGACCUACGGUGAAAGGUUAGCUGUAUGGUCCAUUGCUCGUGCUUUGAAACAUCUUCUAAACUGCAGUGAAACUGAUUGCCCUGGAGAACGGGAUUUUCCACCUUGGAAGCUCCUCAAGGAACUGAAACAGAUCAAUUUUACUAUGGACAAUCAAACGUUCUAUUUUAAUGCAUCUGGAAAUUUCAUGAACGGAUAUGAUCUAAUAAACUGGCAACCACAAGAAGCAAGUGGUCAGAGACGCUUUGUUGUUGUUGGAAAUUACAAUCUGACAAAAACAGAAGUUCACAUUAAGGCACCCAUAAUAUGGAGUAAUCCAAGCAAUACGGUUCCUGUUUCCAUGUGUUCUGCUAUUUGCCCUCCUGGUACAGCUAAGAAACUCCUCAAAACAUCAUGCUGCCAUAAUUGCACACAAUGUUUAGAGGGUACUUACUCUAAUGAAACAAAUUUACCAAAUUGCCUUCCUUGUGAAGAUAAUACCUGGUCUUUGAAAGGAUGGACUUCAUGUAAGCCAAAGGAUGAGGACUACUGGAAAUGGGAUGGGUCCCAUGCUAUAGUUAUACUUACAUUUACUGCAACAGGUUAUCUGUUGUUGUUGUUCACCCUUAUCAUCUUCUUGGUCUUUUAUGGAAAACCAGUCAUGAAACAGGCAGGGGGAACCCUAUGUUUUGUAAUGAUGGUAGGGUUAGCACUCAGCUAUACUAGCGUCAUAUUGUUUAUUGGCAAACCCAAUGUUCACAUUUGCAGGGGUCGACAGAUCUUGUAUGCUUUAGGGUUCUCUCUCACAGUUUCAUGUAUUUUGGUUAAAGCUCUGCGCACCUUUGUAUCCUUUCUUCCGCUUCAUAGCCAGAGGCAAGCUAAAAGGUUUUACAAGCCCCCUGUCAUCAUAACCUGUGGUACUCUCAUUCAAGUCCUCAUCUGCAUCUUGUGGUUGAUAUUUGAUUCUCCAGCUGUAGAGGGGUUUCAGUCUGACCAAAGCAUGAUAAUUACCGUACAGUGCAAUGAAGGUUCUGGAAUUGGAUUUGGCAUCAUGCUUUGCUAUAUUGCACUGCUAGCAUUUGUCUGCUUUUUGAUGGCCUUCAAAGGGAGAAAGGUACCUCAGGCUUUCAAUGAGACUGGACACAUCAUCCUAAGCAUGCUAAUUUAUCUUUUUGUGUGGGUCUGUUUCACCCCUGUAUACCUUGCUAAGGUAAACGAGCGCUAUUCAAUUCAAGCAGCUGCCAUCUUGGUGUCAUGUUAUGGAGUUAUUUUCUGUCACUUUGCACCUAAAUGGUAUAUGGCUCUUUGCAAGAAGAAAGAACAGCUUACUCGAGAGGCAUAUAUUGCAAGAGCCAAUAAUCACAUUGUCUCAGAUGACCUGAUCCCAGAGAUAACAAUGGAACCUGGUUUUAUAAGGGGGUCACAAAAUACCAUUAACUCAGUUGAUACUGGUUUGGGUUCAAUUAAUUUAGAAUUCCCUUACCAGACAUUACGGAAAAGAACUAGGAGCAAAUCCAUUUGAAAAGUGUACACACAUUAAUGUUAAAAGGUUUAUAUCAUGGCAAAUCAAAUUUUCUUCAAAAGAACUUAAAAUAAAUAGUGGAUUACUGCUGACAUUAUUAUUAUUAUUAUUGUAAAUAUUAAUUCAUUAAUAAAGUAAGGUAAACUGGCAAGAAAACCAAUAUAUCCACAACUUCCUAGGAUUGUAAAAUUAAUGCUAUUGCAUUACUUAUGUUGAUAAAGCAUUCAUAAGACAUAAAUGCAAACGUUAUGAAUUACAUAACACUCACAACACAGCACUCUUGUUUGUGUUUUAUUGCUUAAUUAUGAGCAACUUGUAUAUAAUUUGUUGUAUGUAACGUUAAAUGUAAUGUCUUUUUUGUUGCAAUAUUAUUUGAGUAGCAUUUGGACAUGACAACAGGUAAACUGUUCAAUAAAAGACAAUGGCUUUUCUUGACUACACACAUGACUUGAGGAGGUCGUUGUGAGAUCCAGAGAUUACAGUAAUACAUUGUUGUGGUGCGUAGCUUCAGCUGCCCACACAGAACCUGUCAAUUAGGCAAGAACAGGAAAAGGAAGGCAUUCCCCUCUCUAUCAUUGAUGUCAGAAUGCCAGUCAGUAGCUACAGCUGAAUAUGGGUUCUUGCUACUUACACUGCACAUUUAUACUGUGAAGAAUUUUUUUUUUUUUUUAUUGACAGUUGUUUUUGCUAAUUAGCAUACAGGUUUUCUUUUUCUUUUCUUUCUCUUUCAUCACUUUCUUAUUUAAGCUAUUAUUAUUUAUAUUUUUACUUCCUUACUGUAUAGUCUAUAUUUUUUACGUACUUUGUAUUGCCUGUGUGAGUUAUAUUUGUUCUCAUUCUACCCUGUCAUUCUCAAGAGGAGUAAACAAUAUAACAAUUUCAUUGUACUCUAGUACAUAUGACAAUAAAGUUCUUGAAUCUUGAA